AUGAAUGGCCAAAAAUACUUGAAGGGUAGUUCAGUGAUUGUUAUGGUACGCUGCCUGCAAGAAUCUUGCAAUAAAACUUUAGCAAACGGUAACCUUGCAUCCAUAGUAUCCGACGUAGUACAAUUACUAAUAUCGGGUUUAGCAAAAAGAUUUAGAGGGAUAGAAGAGAGUGGCACAUUGUCAUUAUGUACAUUUAUUGAUUCACGAUUUAAAGUGCAGGGUUUUUCUGAUAAAAAUGAAGCUAAAAAAACAAAAGAAAAAGUUAAGACGCUGGUUACUUCUAUAAUUAACGAACAAGAAGAUUGCACUAUUGAAAAUCAACCAGUAUAA